AUGUCGUCAAAUAACAAGGCAGUUUACAUUGAAUUCGAGCUAGAGCUCCCCGACGUGAUCCCCGACGGCGACUGGGAAGCUUACCGGGAUUUAAUCGACCGCAUACGUGAGGCGGUGGCGGUGAGGACGGUGCACUCCAUUCCCGUGCUUGCUAACGAAGAACAGACGCCCUCUACAUGGGUCGACAUCAAUUUGCGACUAGCAAAUGAUUCACGUGGUUAUUCUGUCUGGUUCAGGACGCGAGCCGACAACCUCUACCUCGUCGGCUACCGCCUCCACAACCAGCAGCAGUGGUUCGAGUUUUUCGGCGAAAACGGAAAAGCUCAGAACCUAAUCGACGGAUCCACGAACCUAGGCUUCAGCGGCAGCUACGACUCCUUGAUGAACAGGCGCGCCGAUAACUGGGACUGGGAACAGGUGAUGGUGGGUCUGUUUCCCCUCCGCCGGGCCAUAGAAAAUAUCUAUAACACAGCACGCCGGGACAGGGCGCGGUCGCUGCAAGUCGUGAUUUUGAUGAUCAAUGAAGCGAUUAGACUCAAUGAUAUACGGAACUUCUUCACUGACAAUACCUACGAGAUCGAAUUCCCUAUUGGGUUUGUUAAUCAGGUGCACGGCUGGGGAAACGUCUCUGAGCGGGUGCGAGACGUCGACGAGAAUGCGGAUCCCAACAUGGAAUUAAACAUUCCAGAAAAUGCUAUGGGCAUUCAAACGCUUGCGCAGGUGUCACGAUUCGCCUUUUUCACACCGUUGUGA